AUGCUGGAACUAAUCCAGGUUCAUCAUGUUGAUAUUUUGUUUGUUUGUGAACCUCGUAUUGGAGGUAAAAAAGCCCUUGAGGUCAUUAAAUCUUUGAAGUACUCUUGCGUUGAGGUGGUGGAUCCCAUUGGUUUUUCUGGUGGUCUAUGGCUAUUAUGGAAUGAGAAUAAAGUCAAAGUUGAAGUCCUUGGUACUACUGACCAAACUAUCUCUGCUUCUAUUGCCUGGCCUGGCCAAAAUCCUUGGUUAUUUACUGCAAUCUAUGCCAAGCCUUGGGGUGUCUCCCCCUGCAGGCUUAAAGGCUUCAGGAAAUGGUUCGAUGAUAAUGACAUGAUUGAUCUUGGCUUCUCUGGACCCAAAUUUACCUGGAGUAACAAUCGGGUCUUUGAAAGAAUUGACCGUGCAAUCUGUAAUGUCCAGUGGAGAAGCCUCUUUAACGAGGCCUCUGUCAAGCACUUGCCAAGGACCAAAUCUGACCACUGCCCUAUCAAGAUAAGCCUGAAGUCCAGCUUCUCUUCUUCUUCUAUCUCACGGCCUUUCCGGUUUGAGGCCAUGUGGCUAUCCCAUGCCCAUUUUAAGGACUUUCUCAUGCAGCAAUGGGCUCUUACUAAUGGCUCUGUCCUAGAUAAAACUAAAGCCUUGGUGCAGCCUCUUUUACAUUGGAAUUCUACUAUUUUUGGAAACUUAAGGCAAAGGAAAUCUACGCUGUUAGCCCGCCUGGCUGGUUUACAGAAAGCUAUGGGUCCAAACACGAUCCGAUUCUUGUCCAAGCUUGAGAACUCCCUUAUUGAAGAAUAUAAUGAAGUCAUUGAGCAAGAGGCCUUGUUUUGGCAACAAAAAUCACGAGUUAAGUGGCUGCAAGACGGUGAUAGGAAUACUAAAUUUUUCCACCUCACUACCUUAAUAAGAAGAAGAAGAAAUAAAAUUGAGAGACUGAAGGAUGAUAAUGGGGAGUGGAUUGAAGGUGCUGGGGGUCUCAAGAAGCUAGCUGUUAGCUAUUUUGUGGGCCUGUUUACCCAGGACCAGCAGUGCUGCACCUUUGAGGACCUCCCUAAUUUCUUCCCUCCUAUUGGGGCUGUUGAUUUGGCUAACCUUGCCAAAAACGUGGAUCUUAUUGAAGUAAAAGAGAGUUUAUUUAACAUUGGUGGCCUCAAAGCCCCUGGUGUUGAUGGGUUCCCAGCUUGUUUCUUCCAAAAUCAGUGGCAGCUUUGUGGGAAUGAAAUUUACAAUUUGGUUGACCAAGCUUUCCGGGAUAGCAUUCUUCCUGAAGGUUUAAACUCUACCUUGAUCACUAUGGUUCCUAAAGUUGAUAAUCCUUCCUCCAUGGGCAAUUCAGGCCCAUUAGCCUUUGCUGUACUUUAUAUAAAACCAUCUCUAAGGUGUUGGUGGCUAGACUAA